AUAGUUUUUUUUUUCCUCGGUUGAUUGCCCCUGCUGGUAUUUUACUUUUCCUAUAUAAACCAUUAGCGGUUUAAUUUAUUUUUAAGGUUUUGUUUCCUAAAAUGGGAUAUUGCGAAAGUUUUUGUAGGUACUCUUUUAUUUACCUUUUAUGGACCCUACCACGUUUUCGUAUAGGGUUACUAGGACCUAUUCAUAGUGUUGUGUUCCUGUCGGUGAGUAAGGUUGCCAGAUCUCAACGAGGGUGCGGAGUGUUAGGGAUGGGGUAGAGUUGCAGGCGUCCAUAGGCUACGGAUACUGCAUACCAUCAGGCGGGCCGUAUGUUUGUUUGCUACCGACGUAAUAUUAAAAAAAGGGAAAACUUCUAUAUUUAUUUGUACCUACUUAGUGGCAGGGCGAGAUUGUGAGCAUAAGUUAAGAAUUAUAUUAAUCUUUUAUAGAAUGUGAACCUUUGGUUAACGAUGAGUGAAAGUGCGACUAUGUCCAGAAAGGGAGCAGGCCGACCUUCUGGCGGGAAUCAGCUGAUCGGGUUUGCGCAAUGCGCAAAUCUAGGGGGCGCGGGUGGUUGAAGGGGGAGUACGAGGCGGGGGAGGCGGCAGCGCGCAACGAGAGGGUGUGCGGCGGCGCCCGGCCAGUCGCGCUCCCGCGGUCUGCUGCACCAGCCUCCGCGGAGCCGGCGUCACGGGCGCGGUGUCCGCGCGAGCGCCGCGCCGAGGCCGAGCGCCCCGACCCGCACCAAGCGCUGCUGUGAUACCUAUUUAUACAAACCGGCGAACGGCCAUGCGGAAACAGAUCGCGAUAUUGUCUCCCUACGCGCUCCGCACCGCUCCACGCGCUAGUUUAUGAGAGACGUUGCUCCUGAUUCAUGUACAAAAAUGUUCGAUAUGUCAAUUCAAGAAGUGAACGGGAAGGGUCCUAAGAAGAGGAAAAAGUCGUUGGAGCGUAUCUGUGAUAAUGAGGAGCGGCGGGAGCGUUCGGAGCUGAACGCGGGGGACGGUGCGGCGGAUAGCGGGAAGAAUGGUGCCGUGGACGCCAAGCCGGGGGCCCAGAGCGCCAAGGGUGCCCCGGGGCCCGGCGGCGUGGAGCUGCUGCACUGGCGGGACAUGCCGCAGCACCUGCAGUUCAACCCGUACGUGCUGACCGGCUACCGCCCGCUGCAGGGCUGGGCCGGCUGCGUCGGCAGCCUCUUUUACUUUCACAAUGAAACCAUUAAUAUACUCACCCACGGCGUAUCCCUGGUGUACAUCCUGGCGGUGCUGCCGGGACUGCUGCCGUGGGGCGGCGGCAGCGGCGCGUGGUUCCUGUCGCUGUGCCACCUGCUGGGCGCGCUGGCGCCCUGGUGCGGCUCCUUCCUCUACCACUUGUUCAUGAACCACGCGCGAGGCGAGCAACUCUACCACCGGCUGCUGCAGCUCGACAUGCUCGGUAUCUGGGUCAGUCAGAGCAUAGGUGCAAUACCCAUGGUGACGGCGACUGUGCACUGCGCGCCCGCGCCGCUGCGGUACACGGUGCUUGCAGUCUACAGCCUCGGCAGUUUGCUAGGCUUGUAUAAGGCGAUGCGCGCGUGGUCUCCGUGGGAACGGAGGCUGUGCUUCGCGGCGCCGUUCUGCAUGCGCGUGCUGCUGGCCGGCGCGCGCGCAGCCCGGCUCGGCGGCGGCUGCCCGCACGCUAUCUUGCACGUGUUCCUGCAGGAUGCAGUGUCCCUCGGCGGCGGCGUGAUCGGCGCCAUGCACAUCCCCGAGAAGUGGUUCCCGGGCGCUGUGGACCGCUGCCUCAACUCGCACAACAUCAUGCACGUGCUGGUCGUACUGGCCGUGUACUCCAUGCACCAGGUGACGACGCGCGACCUGGCGUGGAUGUCGCGCGUGGACUGCCGCGCGCCGCUGCGCACGCUCUGACGGCCCGUCUGCGCGCCCGCCCCCGCCGCCCGACACCUCGCGUCUUCACUACUACUCGCCUUCUAGAGAACUCUGCUGCCGGCAACGCAACGGCUUGAAACGUUCUUACUCAUGGUACACCGGUUACCGGUUGUGAGUUGUGUUAAAUCCAAUAAGCCGUCAAGUCUUAGACAAAAAGCCCAGCGUAGGUCCAACUCACAACAUUAAGUUAAUUAGGAAAUGAUGCGGAGUUGUGAGAUUUAUCUCCAGUUGAUGAUUAUGGUCAUCCAUGUCUGGAUACCUUAAAUAAGUUUGACCUUAUCUUUAACAGGACUCAUUUAAUACAUGAAGAAACACGAUGAAGCGUUCGACUCAAAAAUAAUAAUGAAAAAAGCUUUAUUUUGUCUUUGCCACGCGAUCAAUGCGAUAAUCAAGCGAGCAAGAAAGCCCAGAACGACAUUUUACACACUAAAUAUGCUUUAAUCUUAGCUCAUUCCAGAUGUACCUAUAUGUGUCAUUUAUAUUUCUGGAAGGGAUCACGCGGUAUAUUGUAGAGGUAGUUUCCAGGAACAUUUCUGUGACGUAUUGCAUUGCAUGGCUGUUUGAAAUUGCUUAGGAGCUACCCAGUGCCGUAGCGAAGAGAAAAGGAAAAUGCCCAAUCUUAAUAGAAUUCUGUGAAGCUAAGUUACUUCCGCCCUCGCUGUGACUAUACUUAUGUCACAGUAAAAUUGUAAGAUUCGGCAUUUUACAAACGGCGUCGUCAUUUUACAAUCUUGAUAAGAUAAAUAUACCUAAAUUGAUAAAACAGAAAAUCAUGGACACCCUCAGACAACCAUCACGUUCACGUUGACACUAUUGAGCGCACUAACAAUUUGCCUUCGGCAAUUUGCAUAACGCUUGAAGUUUGUAAAAUGACGGCGCCGUUUGCAAACGGCGGAUUCUUACAAUUUGCCUGCGACACAUUAUAUCAUGAUCUGUGCUAUGACAACGCUACGGCCAAGGGGCUGUCUCAUUUGAUAGUCUAUACAAAGCCAAUGUUUGCAGUCAGGAAGGCUAGUAGUAAGCCAGUCUUCGGUAUUUGUGAUAUUUUGUAUCUAGAAAGAAUAAUACUCGUAUGACUUGAAGAAUGACUUACUGAACUUCGCACCUUAUUGACUACAAAUACAUCAUAAGGUUGUUAUCACAACAGCUACAAUAUUGAGGAUAAUUUGUUCAAGGAAUAUGGAUACCGAUGCCGUCAUGAUGUAAACGAGAAUGUUGUUUUUCCACUUUGUACCUAUAACAAAUGUAAUAAGAAAAUCGGUAGAGUCGCUACAAAAAUAUCUGCGCUGCGAACGGUUUCAAUUUAGACUAAGGAAUAGAUUGUACAGACCAUUGACUUACAAUUUGCGUUAUAUCUGAGCACAUAUACGUGUAGAUAUUUUUGCAGCUCUUUGUUCACACCUUUGACAGCCAAAUUUGGAGGUGUGGCUAACUAAGUUGAAGUUUAUUUUUAUUCCUAGUUCUAAAAAAUUUCAUACAAAAAGUGACUAUGUGAUUUUUACUUUAUAAAUUGUCAUAAGCUAAAUACAUUUUGCAUUAUUUUUUUCCACAGGAUACGUAAUUUUGAAACAUAUCUGAAAUCCUAUGUACAAAAAUUAUUUGCGCUCGUAUUUUUAAAAUUACUUACAUGAAGAUAAUAUAGUGCAAACUCGCUGAUAGAGAUCACCUGGUUGUAUAGCUUUAGAUAAGUAUGUUCACUUGUACCAUAGGUACCGUAUCCCCCUGGGCUGGACAUAUUCGCCUACCACCAUUCGCCUACCAUUCGCCACCACAUAGUUUGUUGUUAAUGUCUGUUUAGUACGAAGACAAUUAUCGCAACUGACCAAACCGAGCUCGUCCUUGUCAAGGCAGGAGACGGUAUGGACGGUGUCCCGCUUUAGUGCAUUUUCCUCGCUCGAUACUGUACAACUAACAAGAUACUAGAUCUCCUCCACUUCUCCUCUGGAGUUGCAGGCGUACAUAGGCUACGGAGACUGCUUACCAUCAGGCGGGCCGUAUGCUUGUUUGCCACCGACGUAGUAUAAAAAAAAGUACAAAACUUCGUGACGCCUUUGGAAUUGGUAACGAAAUUUGCAUAUGAAUAUCAAAGUUGUUCAAAUCAUUCCGAACACAAAACAUUCGAAUGAGAGCAAUCUGUGACUUAUAAAAAUACAUUUUGUAGAAGACAAUAUCACGGCCUACGAAUUCGGAUUUAGAAUAGAUGCAACGUUGGUAGUUAGUUGAUUUCGAUUGAUUUGUCGAAGGUACCUUCCUGUACGUACCUGUGCCGAAGCCACUUUUAACAAUAACUAGAUCUUUAAAAAUAAGUAGAUAGCGUUUCCUCGUUAAUAGCUAAUUAGAAGUAAGUUUGAGACUUAAUGACUUUUCUGUAACCUGUAGUCGUGGGUAAAUGUGGCGGGUGUUGGCUCGUCCGCGAACGGAACCUCAUCUAGGGUAGGAACGUUAUUUAAUAAGGGAAUCGUCGACGCCGAAACUAAAUGAGCACAUGACUAAACUUCAUAAUAUCGGCUGAUAUGAGGUCGGGUAGACAGUCGUCCUAAGUACGAAGUGAAAAGAAUGACUUUUAUAUUGGUCUUAUAACGCUUUAAAAAAAAUUUAACCGACUUAGACUAAAUAAGGUGCAACCCUAAAUUGGCAGACCACCAACUUAACAAAUAAUGGAAUCAAUAUAUGAGAUUCCACCUAAUGCAGUAAUUUAUAUUCUUACCCCCCGGGUUACACAUACUUGAUGAUUUUCAUCACACUUGCAAAAAGAUGUACUAUGUUUAAGCCAAAAAAGCGAGGCAUGUAUAGAGAGGGGACUAUUUGGCAUACAGACACUAUUAAGCGUAAAAUAUGGUUAAAAUAAAAAUACAGCUAAUGAACAACUAACAUUUAACUUUAUCCAUAAAUAAACUAUAUAUACUAUAUAACCUACCUAUAUCCAUAAAUAAAUUGUUCAUAAGACAUUAUUCCCUAAUGAGUAAUAUGAGCUAUUUAUUACCAACUGUCGGCACACAUCACAUGCGUGCGACAGCAUUCUUUACUAGCAGCAAGUGUGAUGAAAUAAAAAAUAUCAAUUGAACUAGGUUAGUUUUUGCUUUAAGAAGUUUUCAAAUGCCGAACUAUUGGACUAGAACAAGCCCGUACAUCCUACAUCAACUUUAUACAAUAAAGCAUUAAUAUAAUAAAGCGGGAGAUACAUUUGCUGGUAUGUAAUUAAUCUAAUGAUAUACAUAUUAGUAUUUAAGAAUUACUACAAUGAAUUCAUACAUUUUUAUUCAAUCUGUCCUUUCUAGAAAAUAGCUUUAGAAUACCAUUUUCGAGGUGCCAGACGUACCAGUGAUCUUACUAUUCCUCCAUAUUCGAAUGUUUUCUUCGUGAAAAAGGUAUUACGAAAAUGUAUAUUUGGCAUUCCAUGACAAGUCACUAAGGUUGUCUCGGGGACAGUCGGUCGGAGACUCCGUUGCUAGUAACUUUGGUUUCGCCUGCCGAGUAAUCGCAAUGUUGGCUAAGAAUGUAUAUAAAACAAAUACAUUUUGGGCAAUCCAACAUAUCCAGAUUUAAAGCUGUGGUCAGUUAAUUUUGAGCCUUUUUUCUGCGAUUUUAACCUUGAUUAUAUAUAUUCCAAUGCGAUUGACGAGCUUUCUGGGUCGGUGGCGAUGGCGACACGCACAUCGUGUUGUGUAUGUAGCUAUCUACCACAAGUUUAUCAUGAUGAACAGCCAUGCUCUCACACCGAAGGUUCACCGCACACAUGGUUAAUAAGCCAGGUAAUAAGUCCAGUACAUUGCGUAUCCGAGAAUAAAUAUUAAAAAUGUUUGAGCUAAUUAAAUGGUAACAAUCCAGAAAGCGUGUUUGAGCCAGGGCUAUAGGCCAGGUUUUCCUCCGACCCAGAUUGUAGUUUCGUUCCAUCAUUGACUGAUUUCAACUUACACGGCAGAUGGAACAGAACAUUGUUAUAAUAUAUAUAACCCACUUAUAAUUAUAGCCUAAUUAUUUCAGUGACCAAUGAGCGGUAUAUUUUUGUAUUAUCGGUGUUGUUUGCUUCGCAGCAGUAUUGCAAGUGAGCAUCGCGGGUGAACUAGAUUACCUUCGCUAGUUUGAUAGUUUUAAUCCAAUAAACUAGUCGUAACAUACAGUAGUACGAGUAGAUAGGUAGAUUACAAGCAAUAAAUAAUAGGCAAAAAUUAUUGUUGAGAAAUUUGACAAAAGUAGCAGAGAAACAUUAAAUAAUGAAGGUAUUUUACACAGCAAUCGUUGAAAUUUUUUACCACGUCUUUUGAUAGCAAUUCUACUUUUGUCAAAGUUCCGUUGUUUUGAUUAUUAAUUUAACAUGAAGGUAGUAGUGUUACAUAAAUCGAAAAGUGUACUUGAGGUUUUUUACUAGAUGUUAGAACGAACGCACCGCUGUCGUACCGUCGCCGGCAUCUACAAUUAAUUAUUGCUUAUUUAUAACAUCGGUCAUAUUUUUGGAAAGCGAUAUUCCGACAACGUGUUUACAAUAGAAUAGCAUUUAUUUUUCUGUAAAAUUAGGUACUUACCUACUCUGCUCACAUGUUAAAUAACUUAUAUAACUACCUACUUAUUUUUGAUCUUUGAAAAGUUAUUGGACUAAACUUUGAAUAGUACUUUUAGGGCUGUUAUUUAAGUUGUUGAUAUUAGUACUCCUUGUGAAGUUUACAAGUUAUCUCGCCUAAAUAUCAAUUAUUUACACGAUUAUUAUAUCAUUAAAUUAAUCCACGUUUUUAUAAGUAGAUGACUUGUAGAAACCAAUAAAAUUGUUUUAGAUUGAGGUAAUUAUAGCGUACGUUGGCGACAAGCCCACCCUAGUCGCCCUGGACUCCCUGGACCUGGAUAUGGUUUCCUUAGAUGUUUGGAGAAUGAUAUUUUGAAUAGGUUAUGUUAAAUAGUGAAUGUAGAGUGAUAUUCAAGAGCAAUAUAACAGUAUUUAGUGUAUUAAAUAUACCUCUCAUUUUACAUGUUCAGUUUAUUUGGCAUAAUGGUUUGUAUCUAACGUAUAACGCGAAUCCGUCUCGGAUAUUUUACCUAGUUGUAAAGAUCUAUGAUCAAAUUCUGACAUUGUAGCCAUUGACGAGAAGGUAAACCUAUUAUUAAAUUUUAUUUGACUCA